AUGAUCGCUGCGCUGCCGGCACUCGCAGCCUCACAUGCAGUGCUCUCGCCGCUCCGGCCGCUGGCGCCGCAACAGAUCACGAUGGCCCUGGACCAGAAGGCUAACGCCAUGUUUGAUACAGUGGACGCCAGAGACAAACGCCCUGACUUUAUCACAUCCCUCGAGACGCGCGACAAGCUGACUGCUGCCUUCCUCGUUCACGGCGUCGUCGUGUCUGGCCUCAACGUAAUUGGCUUGUACGACCGGUACGAGUAUGUCGCAAUAGGCAUGGCCGGGUUCAUUGGGUUGACCAGCGCAGCGGUCGGGUGGUACGAGCUCUGCGCUGGGAUAACUGAAGACGAUGACCGGCCCGGCUUUGCUCACGAGCGCGCAAUCAUGCUCUACACGACCUCGUACCUCGCCGGCGUGAUGUGGCUUUCACUCCGCUUCUCGCCGCUCUACCCUGCGUCGCUCGUGCCUCUGGACAACUUGCUGUGCGCCGUCUCGAUCCUCGUCUAUCUUUACGGCCUCGUCUCUCCCGCGGCCACGCUCGUCUGCUUGCGCGAGCAGCUGACGCCCACCGAGGUGCUGCGGAUGAAGGGCAUGGUCGUCAGCGGGCUGGUCGGAUCCGUCUUCCUCCUCGAGACGACGGCGCUGCUGCUGCACGAGGCCGACUGGUGGGGGCACGUCACGGCCCGCUAUCCGGCGCAGUCGGUCCUCGAGCCCAGCGUCACCGUCUUCGCCGCGUACGCAGUGGAGGCGGGCGUCUUCAUCCACAGACUCGCGCGGCGAGGCGUCGUCACCUUUGCCGACGCGGUGCCGUUCUACGGCAAGGUGCUCCUGCCGCUGCUCACGCUCUUGCCAAUGGCCUGCCUCUUCGCGUACCGUCACGACGAGGUGAGCUUCUGGGAGUUUCUCUUUUUGGAUUGGGAAUAA